AAGCGCUGUUCGGAUCUUAUCAACGAGAACACUCUUUUUUAUUCAUUCAAGCAUUCGUUGGCAUUAUUGUUGAACAUGUUGUCCAAGUUUGAGACCAAGUCCAACAGAGUCAAGGGAUUAGCGUUCCAUGCCAAACGUCCUUGGAUUCUAGCUGCAUUGCACAAUGGAUCUAUUCAGUUAUGGGACUAUAAAAUGGGAACUCUGGUUGAUCGCUUUGAUGAGCACGAAGGUCCAGUUCGUGGUGUAGCUUUCCAUCAAACUCAACCCAUGUUUGUUUCUGGUGGUGACGAUUACAAGAUCAAGGUUUGGAGCUGGAAACAACGUCGUUGUUUGUUUACUCUUAAUGGCCAUCUCGAUUAUGUUCGCAGUGUCUUCUUUCAUCAUGAAUCUCCUUGGAUCAUUUCGUGCUCCGAUGACCAGACCAUUCGAAUCUGGAACUGGCAAUCCAGAAACUGCAUUUCUAUCCUUACAGGUCAUAAUCACUACGUAAUGAGCGCCAUGUUUCAUCCAAAGGAUGAUCUGGUUCUUUCUGCAUGCCAAGAUCAAACCAUUCGUGUAUGGGAUAUUUCUGGUUUGCGUAGAAAACAUGCUGCUGGUGCUCCUCCUGUCGAUGAUCAUUCUCGCGGUCUGACGGGCCAACCUGAUGUGUUUGGAAACACUGAUGCAGUUGUCAAGUAUGUCUUGGAAGGUCAUUCUCGCGGUCUCAAUUGGGCAUCGUUUCAUCCCACUAUGCCACUUAUAGUGUCUGGUGGUGACGAUCGUCUGAUCAAAUUGUGGAGGAUGAAUGAAACGAGAGCAUGGGAAGUAGAUACUUGUCGAGGCCAUUUCAACAACAUCUCUGGCGUUCUUUUUCAUCCUCGCCAGGAUCUAAUCAUCUCAGCUGCCGAGGACAAGACCAUUCGUAUUUGGGAUAUGAACAAACGCACUGCUCUUCAAACAUUCCGCCGAGAACACGAUCGUUUCUGGGUUCUCAUUUCUCAUCCCGAAUUGAAUUUGUUUGCUGCCGGUCACGACAGUGGCUUAAUUGUAUUCAAGCUCGAACGUGAAAGACCUGCUGCAACUAUGCACAAUGACAUGCUCUUUUUUGUCCGCGAAAAGAAUAUUCGUGCUUAUAAUGUGAAAAAAAAUGGCGACCAUGCCGUUGUGACCAUUCGUCGUGGUCAAGCUGGCCAGGCUUUCCCGCCUCGUACCAUGUCAUACAAUCCUGCAGAGCACUCUGUUAUUCUUACCUCCAUGAACGAUGGCGGAAACUAUGAAAUGUACAAUCUCCCUCGUGAUUUGAGUGGAAAUGACAUCAAUGAUGGCAAUAACACCAAACGUGGCACAGGUACAUCGGCUCUUUUUGUAGCUCGUAAUCGGUUUGCUGUACUUGACAAGGGCCAAAUUCUUAUCAAAGAUCUUUCUAAUACGGUGACCAAGCAAAUCAAGGCUCCUAUAAAUGCGUCAGAGAUUUUCUAUGCUGGAGGAAAGAAUCUGCUUGUUUCUACUCCAACAUCUAUGAUUUUGUUUGAUACAGAGGUUCGUGCCGUUCUUGCCGAGCUACCAGUCAGUGGUGUUCGUUAUAUUGUAUGGUCUGCAGACCAGAGUACCGUUGCUUUGAUCAGCAAGCACACUAUUAUUUUCGCCAACAAAAAACUGGAUCAACUUGCCACCUUCCAUGAAACCAUCAAAAUCAAGAGUGGUGCAUGGGACGAUUUGGGCAUUUUUGUUUAUUCAACCCUCAAUCAUAUCAAGUACGCUCUUCCCAAUGGCGAUAACGGAAUCAUCCGAACAGUAGAUCAGCCCGUAUAUAUUUUCCACGUCAAGGGUAACCAGGUGUUUGUCCUGGAUCGUGAGGCAAAAGUUCGAGCUAUUCAGUUUGAUUCCACAGAGUAUCGCUUUAAACUGGCUCUUAUUCGUCGCAACCACGACGAAGUUUUCCACAUUAUUCGUACAUCAAAUCUGGUGGGCCAAUCUAUUAUUUCUUAUCUUCAAAAAAAGGGUUAUCCAGAAGUUGCAUUGCAGUUUGUCAAGGAUCCAAAAACUCGAUUCGAUUUGGCAAUAGAGUGCGGUAACAUUGAAAUCGCUCUUGAAAUGGCCAAGAUUAUUGAAAAGGACGAAUACUGGAGUAAGCUCGGUGUAGAGGCUCUUGGACAAGGAAACCAUUUGGUUGUGGAAUAUGUAUAUCAACGUAUCAAGAACUUUGAUCGCCUGUCUUUUCUGUACGUUUCUACCGGAAAUGUUGAAAAGCUUAAAAAAAUGCUCAAGAUUGCCGAGUUGAGAAACGACACCAUGUCGCGUUAUCACAAUGCUCUUUUCUUGGGCAAUGUUGAAGAGCAAGUGCAAACUCUUAAAGAAGUUGGUCAAUUGCCUCUUGCAUAUCUUGCUGCUCGCACUCAUGGACUUCAUGAAGAGGCAGAUGCAAUCAUGGCAGAAGCUGGACUUACCGAGGCACCGGCUAUUCUUCCAAAUGCUCGGCUACUAAAAACACCUACUCCCAUUUUUAAACAGUUUGAUUCCAACUGGCCCUUGCUUACUGUCAGCAAGAUCAUGUUUGAAAGCACUGUUUUACAGAAUACAAACUUUGCCAAUGCUGGAGACUGGGGUGAUGAGGAUUUGGAUAUUCCUGAAAUGUCUGGUGAGCGACGCAAACCCAGUGCUACGGCGACUGCUGCUCAUAAUGGUAACGGCCACGCUUUGGGUAUGGAUGGUGAAGAAGGCGGUGGAGGCUGGGAUCUUGAAGUCGACUUGGAUAUUCCACUUGAUGAUGCACCAGAAGCCAAUAUCGUCGAAUACAACCCACCAGCACCUGGCACUCGCAUUGCCGAUAUUUGGGUUCGCAACUCUACUUUGGCUGCAGAUCAUGUUGCAGCCGGUGCAUUUGAUUCUGCCAUGCAAUUGCUUAACAGACAAAUAGGUAUUGUUGAUUUCACACCUCUUAAACCACAUUUUCUUGCAGUGUAUCAGGCUGCAAGAUCGUAUCUUCCUGCCACCGCAUCAGUUCCUGCUGUCAUUUCGCCCAUUUAUCGUGCAUGGGAUGAAGAUUCUCGUCGUGUGCUUCCUUAUAUUGUUUUUACUCCACAAGUUCUUAUUAAUCGACUACAAGAGGCAUAUCAGGCAUUUACUGCUGGAAAAUUUGCUGAUGCCGAAGUGAGCUUCAGAACAAUCUUGCACCAGAUUGUAUUGACUGUUGUUGAGCGCCAUGCUGAAGUAGAUGAGGUCCAGCAACUAAUGGCUGUAUGCCGUGAGUAUCUUCUUGGUCUUAAGUUGCAGCUUGCCAGACGAGAACUAGGUGAUAGCGAUCCUAAGCGCGGAGUUGAGCUUGCAGCUUAUUUCUCCCACUGCCAACUUCAGCCUGUUCAUUUGCAACUUGUAUUAAACACAGCGAUGUUGCUCUCGUUCAAAAUCAAAAACUUUGGGUCGUCACUUUCUUUUGCUCGGCGGCUGCUUGAACUUGGACCUGUUGCUGCCGUUGCUCAAAAAGCACGAGGCGUUGUUCAACGUUGUGAACGUAACGCAACCGAUGAAGUAACGCUUGAUUAUGACCAGUAUAAUCCAUUUGUUGUGUGUGGUAUUUCCUUGACACCCAUUUACAGAGGAAGUGCAACUGCGACGUGCCCCUUCUGUGGAGCAUCUUUCAAGCCCGAGUAUAAUGGCAAAAAGUGCACAGUGUGUUGUAUUUCUCAGAUUGGAGCACAGGGAACUGGCUUACGCAAUGAGCAUAGCAGUAAAUGAGCACUUGUGGAAUGUGCAUGUUGAGCUGUUUUCAAUCUGUCUUUUUCUACCAGCUUAUUUUUACACUUUUAUUUUUCAAUACUGUCUUGCGUAUGUGGGCUGAGCUCUGACCUGUUCUAUCUCAUAUAAAACAAGUAUCAUUCUACUAGCUUUUGAUUGUCAAGUUUUAUAUGCCAAUCCAUGCAGGAUAAAGAUAUUUUAAAAUAAAGCCUUUUGUCUUUC